AGAAAAUCCUAGUGAAAAACUACAGCUGCUCCACAGAAUCUAUGACACAUUCAAAGAGCUCAUCUUUGACACCCAUGAAUUCACAGAUUCAGGCAAGUUCUGCUCAAAUGUUCAUCAAAUGUUAAAGCUUUUAACUGUCGAGUUACAACCAUCUACAAAGUUCUUAUCUUUGAGAUAUAGCUAAUCUUUUAAUGUGUGGUGUUGUCAAUACAAAAACAAGUCCUAAAACAUUCUACAUUGAAUACAUAACACGCUGCAUUAGGGUAUUUCAAAAAUCUGCUAAAUCAGUGAAUCAGAAUUUUAUUAGAAAUUUGGACCAAUACAUUUUGACAAAAAUUGUUAGAAAUAAACCUUGGUGACAACUUUCAAUUUUCUAUCUGGUUUUUUUUUUUUUUAAUUUUGUGUAGAUGAUGCCAAUGACAAUGAGUUUUUCUACCAUGUAUCAGCAAUGACAGAGUUCUCAAAGAGGAUGGCCCAGUUAGCAUUCAAGCAUGUAAUACCACAACCGAAAUAACUAGUCAUCAGUUUAACUCAUUUUUUUGUUUUUCUUCAAGAACAGCUUUGGUGAUAUUCUGUAACUUUCUCUCUGUAAAUAUACAAUGUCUUACACUUGAUAUUUAUCUACUUUUGAAAUUUUCUAGUGGUUAACUAAUAUUUCACAGAUGGAAUGAAUAGAACUUGUUAGUCAUUGCAGCUUUGACACUAGAACAAUAACUUCUAUUUCGUCUCCACCUAUAUAUAUAUAAUAUGUAUAUAUAUAUUUUUUUUAAUGAUUAUGGACUGCGAUGGAUGCUCAUUUAAAUCCUCAGUUUAUUUAUUUAUUUUAUUUUAUUGUGCAAAUGAUUGAUUUCUUUGCACAAUACGUUGAUAAAAAUUGAUAAAGUUAUGAACUUCCUUUGGACUAUUUCACUGGAUAUUGUCAUGAACCUGCAUGUUUAAAAAAAAAGACAUGCUAAGAUUGUGUUGUGUUUACGUAAUUUAAAAAAAGCAAAACACCAGAAUCAUAUACCUAUAUAAAAAAGUCACCCUCUAAAAGUUCUCAUCAAUUUAAGUUAUUGGUUAAAAUGUACCAAUUUGAAGUUUGAAACUUUGAAAGUGUUAUUUUGUGUAACUUAAACAGUGUUAAUGUUUGACCAGUUAUGAUGUUUCUGGCUGGAUUUUUAUAUUGACCAUAAGUUUUUAGAAACUGUUUUGUCAAUGACAUUUUGUUUAUUUCUUUGGAUCUGGACAAACCAUUAAAAUGAUAAGAUUUGUGUGUUUUAAUUUAAUUUAUUUUCUAGGAAUUAUAACUGUAUUACUUGACUUCGGGUAGUCAACAGCAUCAGGUUACCUCAUUGGCAGAACAUUGCUCGAAUCCAUUAUGAUAGCAUCACUUGUAUGUUUACGAAAAAAAAAGGAUCAGAUUAAUUUUUUUAACUUGAUUUGUUUGCUCAUUUGUUUUGCAGGUGACAGAUAGAUAAUGUAUGGUAGUUGUAAGCGUUUUGGG